CCUCUAAAGCGCUUUAUACUUUAGAAACGCAUCACUCUUUGAUUGCUGACAAAACACUCUUUUCCUCUCUCUCUGCAAUUAUCUAUCAUCACCGCCCACACAAAAGUCAAAUCAAAAUCAUCGCCGGAGUUUUCCUUCCUCACAAUGCACAACGCCGACUACUCCUCCGUCCCUUACUACCACCAACAAAACUUCCCACAAACUCACACUCCAAAUCCCAACCCAAUCGAUCCUCUUUACCCUGCCCCGCCCCCGUCCUACGCCUCCGCCCCGCCCUUCUCCGCCAACACUUACACCCCUCCUCCGCCGCCUCCCUCCACCGACUACUCAACCUACCAACAUAAUUACCCUUCCUUGCCCCAAACUCCAGAUCCUCCCCCCGCCGCCACCUCCUAUUUGCAGCCUCAGUCCCCCUAUUCAUUCCCUCAAUUCGAAGCCCACGGCUCCUAUCAGCCGCCUUCCCACUCCCAACUGCCCUCUUAUUACGAUCACCCCACGCCGAAUUAUGCAUCAAACCCCAAUCAUAACCCCGUUUCCCCCAAUUCGCGUUACCCGUCGAUUCACCCACCUGCUCAAUACUCUCAACCCACUACCAAUCCUUACGAACCUCAGUACGAUAAUCACGACGGGAAUUUGAGUCGGAGCAGGUCGGAUUUGGGAACCGAGAUAUAUAGCAAGCGAGCUGAGAGCGGCUAUGGGAGUGAUAGCCCCUAUGGGAAUAAUGAAGGGGUUUAUGCCUACAGGGGGAGUAGUGAGCCUUAUGGAGCUAGGGGGACCACUCCAAAUUCUUCAACCUGGUCCGGCUUUGAUGAUUUUGGGAGGCCCAUUGGGUACUCAUCUUCUUCGUCAUCAGGGAAAGAACGGCCGAAAAGUUCGUCAUUGAAGGUUGUGAGGGCUGUGCCAAAGGCAGAUGCCCAGCAGGACCUGAAGAGCGCGGUUCAGAAGUUCAGAGUGAAGUUGUUGGCAGAAAGUGGCGGGCAGAGCACCAUGGAUGUACUUUGCCAGAUUGGCUUAGAUGGAAUCCGUAUGCUGGACCCAAGUACCAACCGCACAUUGAGAAUUUAUCUUCUUGACACAAUAACCAGAUGUGAAGCUAUCGAAUCAUCGAUAUUUGCUUUCUGGUCAAAAAGUUCUGUUGACUUUGAACCAAGGCGUAUCAGAUUGAAAUCUAAUAGUUAUACUACAACGACCAUUUUGGAUACAGUUACUGCUGCGAUUGCACAGUAUAAGGAGAUGAGUGGAAGAACCCGUCCAACUGAAUUUCCAAAGAUUGCUGAACAACCUGUUGAGAAGAAGAAAGGUUUUACUGAUUUUAUCAAUAAGAUAAAACCUGUCAAUGAGGAGAAAGAUCACUGGGUUCCUGAUGAAGCGACAACAAAAUGUACAGCUUGUGGAACAGACUUCAGUGCUUUUGUCCGGAGGCAUCAUUGCAGGAACUGUGGAGAUAUAUUUUGCGACAAGUGCACUCAGGGUAGAACUGCUCUGACUUCUGAUGAGAAUGCUCCUGUUGUUAGAGUUUGUGAUCGAUGCUUGGCUGAAGUUUCUCGGCGAUUGAACAGUGCUAAGGAAGGUGCCAGCAGAUCAACCAUCGUUCAAAGUCAUGAGGAUCUUGCCAAGAAACUUCAGGAGGAGAUGGAGAGAAGCUGCAAAGUGUCAUCAGGCUCGAGAUCAGAUGGUUCUGGGAGACGGAUGAAAGAAGUCGCCUGCCCAACUUGUACAGUCCAUUUGCAGGUUCAAGUGCCCAGUUCUGGUUCAGAGACAAUUGAGUGUGGGGUUUGCCAACAUCCUUUUUUGGUUACUGGCAAUUGAACCAUACCCAAUUGGUAUAUUUGAUUCUUGGCUGAGUAUUUUACUGAAAUUUGGGUUUUAAUGCUUGUUGUUUUGGUAUAUUUGUUAUUUUAUGAUGUGAAUGAAGCAGGUUUUGCUUUGUUUACCUGUAUAUCGGUGUGUGCUCAUUCUAUAGUAUGCUGCUUUCCUGUUGUCAUAUUUUGUUCAUUGACUUCAAAAUGUAAAUUAAGUUUGAAUUACUAGACGAUUUUUUAUGAUUAUAUUGUUCUUGUACAUUAA